UAAAGAUCUUUCAACCAACAGAAAAUAUGUCUGUGGCAGAGUCAGUUUUCCAGGGAAUCUUUGAGUUUUGGUCUCUAAAUCUGCUCACACCUCUCAUCCCCCCAUUUUGUAUCAGUGAUAAACUUACAGAGUUGCAUAUAACGUUGCUUGACUCGGUAAGUACCAUUUGUCUAGUUUUUCUUGUCAUCAUUUACAUCACUGCCAUUGACUUACACUCGAGGGGGUGUAAAGCUAUUAGUCUUUUCACAAAGCCAUUUAGUGCCCUCUGCAAGAGGUUAAACUGCAGCAGAGAAGUCACUAGUAAUUCAGUGAUACACACCUUUUCCACAUUCUUGUUUCUGUCGUCAACAAAAACAUUUAAGACCUUUUAUGCUUUGUGUCAGUCCACAUCUGUGUUCUCCAAUACUGAUGGAGUGACUAAAAAUGUUGUUUUUGCUGACACUAGCGUCCAAUACUUCAGUCUUACACAUAUUCUUUUUUUAAUUGUAGCAUUCGUCCAGUGUCUAGUUUUGGUGUUUUUCCCACUCUUGCUACUCGUCAUCUACCCAACUAGAAUUUACAGAUAUCUUUCACGUUUCAUUAGUACGAGAAAACAGCUGGCCAUUACUGCAUUUGUUGAAGCCCUGAACGGCCACUUCAAGGACGGUUUGAACGGCACUACAGACUAUAGGCCACUGGCUGGGGUCGUAAUGUUUGGAAUUCCUUUGUUGACUGUUUUGUGGGUUACCAUGACAAAAAACCACCUCAGUUUUUUGUACUAACAGACUCACAUCGUUCUUCCUCCUAGCAUUAUCAUUAUUUGUAUCGUAUAGUAGACCGUUUAAGUCAACGAUUGCAAACAUGUCACUUAGUUUCUAUUUUAUAUUGUUUUGGGCAUUUCAAUGGACACUCUACAUCUGGGUUAAUGAUCUGAACACCUCCACCGUGACACUGAGGUUAAUGUUUACUCUAAUUUUUCUGACAUCCCAACUCCCUGUGUCAGCCUGGGCUCUUUACCACCUCACUCGCUACAUUUUGAAGA